AUGAGUCUUCUUAAAAAAAAACGUGAACAUCAAGCAAUAAUGGAGAAAUAUGAAGAUUUUUUAACAAGAUUCAGACCAGUGAUGUUGUUACAAAUUUUUGUAUCAUCAUUCUUGGCCAUCAUGCUUUGGAUUACUUUCAUAAUGAGUUUCUCAAACGUUGAGAUAUUUAAGGCUUCAGCAGUUGUACUAACAAGAUUGUUGUUCACAAUUCCUCCAAUAUUGAUUCAAUUAUUUAUGAUCUGUUCUUUAUUUGGAAAUAUACACAAACAAAAAGAUUCAAUUGUAUUCGCAUUGUACAGCAGUAAUUGGACCGAAAUGGAUAUGAAAUGUAAAAAAUUGAUAUUAUUGGCAAUGAAGUUGAAUAAUGCUAACUACAAAAAAUUAAAAUUUACCAGAACUAAAAUUGUAAACUUGGAAAUGUUUUUUAAAACAGUGGGUGAUUGCUACACAGUUAUUUCGGUUUUAGUAAAUUAUAUACAACAAAAUGUUGAAUGA